AUGGGUGCCGUCGUCGAGUGUUACCCGCCGCCGCGGACGGCGGUUCUAUCCCUCAACACGCUGCCGCUUGGGUUCCGUUUCCGUCCCACCGAUGAAGAGCUUAUUGAUUACUACCUGCGCUCGAAGAUCAAUGGAAAUGGGGACGAUGUUUGGGUUAUCCGUGAAAUUGAUGUCUGCAAAUGGGAGCCUUGGGAUUUACCUGAUUUGUCAGUGGUACGGAACAAGGAUCCAGAGUGGUUCUUCUUCUGUCCGCAGGACCGGAAGUAUCCCAACGGGCACAGAUUGAACCGAGCUACGAACCACGGGUAUUGGAAAGCAACGGGGAAGGAUAGAAAGAUUAAGUCUGGUUCCGCUUUGAUUGGAAUGAAGAAGACUCUUGUUUUCUAUACUGGUCGUGCUCCGAAGGGGAAGAGGACCAAUUGGGUUAUGCAUGAGUAUAGGCCAACCCUAAAGGAGCUCGAUGGUACCAAUCCUGGACAGAAUCCAUAUGUCCUUUGUCGAUUAUUUAAGAAACAUGAUGAGAGUCUUGAAGGUUCAAAUGGUGAAGAUGUGGAGCGGACUGCUUCAACUCCUAUGACUGCCAAUUACUCUCCAGAUGAAAUACAAUCUGAUUCAGCUCUGGUUCCAGCAUCUUCUUCACAGGUUACUGAGGAUGAUAGUAAGCCUCUAGCAGCUAUCCCUGAGAACUCUGAGGAAGCAAUAUCCAACAUUAUAACUCCAGUUGAUUGCCAUAGUGAUGGAUGUGAUGCUCCUGAAGGACAAAAUCAAAUUGUAGAACCAGCUGCGGAGCAGGAUCAGCCAUUUAACGUGGACAUGUUUUAUGACCCAACAAACCAGCAAUUAGAUGACAAAUUAUUCUCCCCAGUCCAUGCACAUUUCCCACCAGAAAUUUACUAUCAAGCAAACAAUCAGUCAGAAUUUCAGUAUGGUACAAAUGAUAAUAUGUCCGACUUCUUUGACUCAGUUGUUAAUUGGGAUGCAAUAUCCUAUGAUACUAGUAGUCUAGAUCUGAGCUCAUCCUUCCUCAAUGUCAAGGACAACGGAUCAGGCAGUGACUCAGAUGUGGAAAUGGCCAAUAUGACGCAUCUGCAGGCAUUACAUGGUUAUCCUAAGGAGGCAGUUGAGCAGAAGAGCAGUGUACGAUCAUAUCUGAACAGCUCCCCGAUGGAUUUCUCAAAUGAUGUCCCUAUGGGCCAAGCGCCCAUUACGGUCAACAAUUAUGAGCAAACAAGAGACUUUGAUGCAUUUGUUAAUGGUGACACUGGAAUUAGAAUAAGGUCUCGUCAAGGACGAAACGAACAGCCAAACAUGAAUGGAGUGGUACAAUCUCAAGGUAUUGCACCAAGGAGAAUACGAUUAGGAGUUGUUAGGCGUCCGUUUACUUCCCAGGAGACGGCAAAAGAUGGAAGUUGUGCUUGUGCACCGGAAGACCACAAUUCAAAAACCAUCAUUACUAGGGAGAGAAAAGCUCCAGAAAACCAUGUUGGCAAUCAGAGUUUCGCUGUUACUAGUGAUGUUGAUGAACCAGAGAAGGAAUCUCCUGAGUCAUCUGACUCAGAAAAAUUUACUGAGCAACAUGUUGCAACUGCAGAAUCCAUCUUGGGGUCGAAAGACCUCCUACAGAGCAGAAGGUUCCGCUACAGCUCAAAGGUUUCGUCUAACCGUGCCAUGUGGUCUUAUGUUCUUGCAGUUUCUGCGACUGCGUUGGUUUCAGUAAUAUUCCUUGUUAAUAUAUGGCCAUAUGUGAGAUCUUGA